AUGCCUCGCAACCGUGGCGAUCUCUGGAUGGCCGAUAACUGUGCUCUUGUCAUUAUCCGCCUCGACGCUCUCAUGAUCCACCUCAAAGCCAAGAUCGCUUGCUGUAAGCAGGAACUCAAGUCCGGGAGGUGUGGACCUCCGCAUGGUUUUCUGCGCGGGUUUAACAUUCAGGAAAUCAUCCUCCGUUCUAAAAUGGAACUGGACGGGCACCGCCAUUUGAAAUACCAUCUCUUCUAUCAGCAAAUGAUGAUGCAACUCUCGACGGCUGAAUAUGAAGCCCUUCCAGAGUACCCACUUAGCGAUGACUCAGAGAGCGACAACGAGGAGGACAAUGAUAGGGAGACGGAGGAUGAUGAAAUGGUUGGGGCGGACAAUGAGAACGAAGAGGGAAAUGAUGAAGAGCAGAGUGAUGAUGAGGAGAUGGAUGACGCUGAAAUAGAUGAGGAGGAAAAUGAUAGUGAACAGAGUUAUCAUGAGGAGAUUGAUAACGAUGAUAGUGGUGAUUACGAGCCGAUGGAUGAGGACGAAAGUGAUGAAGAGGAGUAG